AUGAAAAACCAUCGUGAAAAUGAAUUUAUUCUUCAAGAUAUCAACUUUGUUGCACGUUCAAAGAGUUUAACAGUAAUUACCGGGCCGGUUGGAAGUGGUAAGUCUACUCUACUCUCAGCGAUCGCUGGUGAAAUUUCCAACACUAGUGGCACGAUUUUGUAUCGAGGCAAUGUCAUUUACUUGCCUCAGACUGCUUGGGUAUUCUCGGGAACAAUAAAAGAAAACAUUCUAUUUGGCCAGCCCUAUGCGGAGUCCAAGUACGAAAGAAUAAUCGACGUCUGUGCUCUGAAAGAAGACUUUCAGCGGUUACCUGAUGGUGACCAAACAGUUGUUGGAGAACGCGGCGAGGUUCUGAGUGGAGGACAACAGGCAAGAGUAAGUUUAGCGCGUGCAGUUUAUGCUGACGGAGAUACUUAUCUAUUGGAUGAUCCACUAAGUGCUGUCGAUUUUAAAGUUGGCCAACACAUCUUUAACACGUGCAUCAAAAAUCUACUGGCUGAUAAAAUCGUUCUGUUAACCUCUCAUCAGCAACAGCACAUGGAAAAUGCUGAUGAAGUGAUUGUGUUGUACAAAGGGUGUGUCCUGGACAAGGGACGCUUUACUGAGCUGUACGAAAAAGGUGUAAUCAGUGCAACUGUUGACCCGCUCUACAAAGCAGCUUUGAAGGAGAAAACAGAAUCAUCUGAGACUUUUGCCUGGGAGAAUACAGAGAAACACGAUGAAGUUGAAAAAUGCCAGAAAACACAUUCUUUGUCUACUGAAGCGAGGAGUUUAGAGAUAGCAAAGGAGGAUCGUACAAUCGGAGUUGUGACAUCCAAGCUUUACUGGGACUACUUCAGAAGUGGAACGCGUCCUUUGAUGAUAAUUGGAAUGGUUGGUUUAAUUCUCAUUACUCAAGCUGUCAUAGUUGCUCCGGACCUGUGGCUCUCUUUUCUUACAAAGUUAAUCCCAGAGGAUCAGAAGAACAAGACUUUUUUAUCUGUCUUCGCCUGUCUGGUUGGUGCCUGUUUCAUAUUUACUAUCAUUCGGGCCUAUGGAUUCCUCCUAGUUUCUCUAAAGAGCGCCGAAAGUCUCCACGAUAAAAUGGUUGUGGCCAUUUUACAAGCACCUGUUCUGUUCUUUGAUUGUAAUCCAUUGGGAAGAAUUCUAAAUCGCUUCUCGAAUGAUAUUGGCUGCGUGGAUGAGUUGCUACCCAAAACAUUCCUGGCAGCAAUGCAGAUGCUCUUGAUGAUAUUAGCCCAAAUUCUGAUAACAGUGGCCACAAAUGUUUGGCUCGUGUUUCUCGUUGUUCCAAUUUUUGUGGUGGUCGUUGUUCUUUCCAAUUAUUACUUGAAAACGGCCAGAGAACUGAAGAGGCUUGAGUCGAUAUCUCGCAGCCCAGUGUUUGCUCACUUUUCGGAGACUCUGGUAGGACUGGACACGAUUCGUACAAGAGGAAGACAGACAGAUUUUGUGGACACACUAUAUAGAUACCAAGAUGUUCACAAUCAGGUUUACAUUAUGGUGAUGGCCAGCGGUAGAUGGCUCGGUACACGUUUGGAUUGUCUCGCUUCCCUGUUAGUCGGUGCAGUUGCUCUGGCUGCAGUCUUUGUAUCUCAAGAUGCCGCUUCUGCUGGUCUCGCUCUUGUUUAUGUCAUCCAAACUCUGAGCGUGACUCAAUACUUAGUUAGAAAAACCUCUGAAGUGGAAAACUACAUGACGUCAGUUGAGCGAGUUAUGACCUACACCAAACUCGACCGGGAGCCUGGAUACGAGGAAGAGCGACAACCCCCAAAAGAUUGGCCUCGGAGAGGAAGUAUUGAUUUCAGAGAUGUAUCUCUGACUUACUAUCCGGGGGGACCUCAAGUGCUAAAGAAAAUCAAUCUUAGCAGCAAAGGAGGAGAAAAGAUUGGAGUUGCCGGCCGCACAGGAGCUGGGAAGUCGUCCUUUGUAGCAGCUCUUAUGCGCAUGCCUGAUGCUGAUGGAGAGAUAAUCAUCGACAAUGUUCCAAUUAAAGAGAUAGGCCUCCAAGAAGCCCGACGAGGCAUCUCGGUUCUUGGCCAAAGUCCUGUUCUUUUUAGUGGAUCAUUGAGGAAAAAUCUCGACAUUUUAGACAGGUUUCAAGACGCUGAAUUAUGGCAGGCCUUAGAGGAUGUGCAACUGAAAGAUUUCGUCGAGAGACUUGAGGCCAAGCUCGAUCACGAACUGAUGGAACAUGGCGCUA